CGCAUAUCAUAAAAGAAGCAGAAACAUAUGCGUAACAGUAUGUGGAUCAUAUGAAGUCUAUAAUUUAAAUCACUGUUGUGUAAUUUAACUCAAACUAAAUCAUUUUUUAUAAUUGUGCCAGCUCUCCCCUACUCAUACUGAAUAUCCUUUCAACACACUUAGUACUGUUUGCCUUUACUCUUCUAUGCCUGUAUACUGUACACAUUUGUAAUCCCAUAAUGGGUUCCCUUUUGAAUCUGGUUCCUCUUAAGGUUUCUUCCUCAUGUCAUCUCAUUGUCUUAGCAUCCAAAGGUGCUUGAAGUAACUGUACGUUUCUGGCUUGUUGGGUAUUAAUCCAGUUGCAUGGAUGGGAUUUGUACUGAAGUCUCAAGUCUUUUCUCCACCCAGUUUCUUCUAUAUGUUAAUUCUCCAUCUUUAUGUAUGUAUGUAUGUAUGUAUGUAUGUAUGUAUUUAUUUAUUUAUUUUUACCGUUCACAUUCCCCCCUUUUUAAAUCAUACUCUCUAUCAGUUCUGGCUAACUGCAGAAAUUCAGCUUGUCUGAGUUGGUCCGUCUCAUUUCUACAAAUCCACCAGCGAUUCCAUUCUCGUCACAUCCAUCACUGUGGGAUUUGGCUUUGACCUCAUCUUCACAAAGAACAGACUACAGCAAAUAGAUCAAAUGACCAAAAGUCUGGCUAAUUAGUCAAAGUGCUGCAUCAUGCCUCCAAAAUGAAUGCAUGACGAAAUGCAAAAUACCCUGCUGGACUUUAUUUCACCAUAAUUUCCUGAAGUGUAUCUCUCUUUGAUGUCAUGCUGUUUUUAUCUAAACUGGAAAUCACAGACAGCAACACUUCUGCUUACUUUAUUAUAUAGAGCAUACACCCAGGUACACCACAGUAUCUAACAAUGCAGCAGCUCAACUCAUCAAACAGCUCUCUCACCGCUCCUGUCUCAACUGAAAACCUGAUUGCCAGUAGUGUACUGGCAGUUUGCUUCAUACUGGGAGUUCCUGCUAACAUAGCAGUAAUGGUACGUCUUGCUGGAUGGUUGAAUGAAGGCAGCUUCACUCCGAGACUGAUGCUAAGCCUGGCCAUAUCAGACCUACUCACUCUGCUUUCUCUGCCGGUUUGGAUUUGGUCACUUCUGCAUUGCUGGGUCUUUGGCUUAUUCCUGUGUAAGCUUCUCUCCUACUUGGUGUACUUAAGCCUCUACUGUAGCAUACUGUGUGUGAUGUUGAUGAGUGUACAGCGAUACAUGCAAGUGCUACAUCCUCAGAAAUGGAACAAGCUUGGCAGAAAAGGAAAGAAGAUCCUCUUGAGUGGGAUGUGGAUGUUAAGUGGAGUAUUAUCAUCCUAUGCUCUUGUACAGCGCACGCUAAGCUUGGACAUGGAAGGACACCUUCAAUGCAAGAAAUUCUAUUGGAAUGAUGUUGAAAGAGUGGCUACUUUAAUCUGGGAGAUUAUAAUAUUUGUGGUUUCAUUCCCCAUACUGGCUUACUUCUACUUUCAGCUUUACUGGGGAGUUAAUAACUCAGCUUUCUUUAGCAGUAACUUAAUGACAAAGCUGGUGACCAGAAUUGUGGCAUGUUUCUUUAUUUUUUGGAUUCCAUUUCACAUCAACAACACUGUGCUCAUCAUUGCUGUGUUGCUUGGGAAUGGCAGUCUGUUAAGAUCUGCAGAAGCUGGAGAUAAUAUUACUGCAGCUCUGCCUUUCAUUAAUAGUUGUGUGAACCCCUUUCUGUACGCCUUCUCUGCCCGGGCUCUACGCCAUUUCACACCUGGAACAGAAACUACUUCAUGAUGUAGAGGUUUGAGAGAGUUUAUGGAUUUUCUCUGAAAGCCAGUGAUUUGUUAAAGCUUAUGCAUAUGGACCUAAACCCACUUCUACCUAUUCCUACAAUCUGUUUUUCAUUGUCUUUUUUGUAUCUUUUAAUCAAGUAAUUUGUUUGCAGAUUGAAUGAAGGAAAUGAAACGAAGGAACAAGUCAUACUGCGACGUGACGAUAUCUCUCAUGACGAAAGCUGUUCAUCAGAUGAUUUCUCUUAAUAUCCAUGCUUUAUAAGAAACAAAUUUUUAAGAAGUGAAUGGUCUAUAAUAUCCAGAAAUUGUGUGGUGCAGAUUAUUUCUUGCUCAUGUAGGAUCUACUGGUUAGUAAACAAGGGAUCAGACUCUUCCCAGCCUGUACUGUAAAUGUUGAAUUCAUUUUAGAUUGAUGAAGACAUAUAGAUUUCUUAGAAAGUGAAGAGGAGUUUGAAGUUUUGUGCUUAAAGAGCAUCCAGAACUACCAAAUACAGAGAAUUUUUGUUCCCCUUCUUUAAACUGUACUUCUUGUCAUUAUGACUUUUGGAAAUGCAUUUCUCAGAGUAUAGGCAACGCCUUUUCUUGCAUGAAAACCACAGAACUUCCCUUUUCUAGUCAGCUGUAAAAUAAAAGAAGAAAAAUGCCCUUUUGAGUGAAGUAUCCCUAACCCAAAUCCACUUUCUAUUUCUUUUGGUAAAAUUAAACUUUGUGUAUCUUUUAUAUAGUACAUGUAAUCAUGUAACCUUUUUUUUUUUUUUUUUUUUUUACCUCAAAGUGCUCUUAAUCUUACUUCAAAGUAAAUAAUGAUGUCCUCAAACUAUAAUCUAGGAAGAUGAGAGAUGUUAAGUUUUAAGUCAACUGACUUAAGUUAACUAACUUGUUAAUAUACUGAUAUUAUAAAUGUAUAAUGGGUAAAAGCAAAGAGCUCUCCCAAGACCAUCGCAACCUUAUUGUUGCAAAACAUAUUGAUGGAAUCGGAUACAGAUCUAUUUUAAAACUUCUGAAUCCUCCAGUAAGCAUCAUUGGGGCCAUUAUCCACAAGUGGAAGCAACAUCACUCCGCCAUCAACCGGCCACGCACAGGAGCUCCUCGCAAGAUUUCUGACCAGGGAUUCAGAAGAAUAGUCAGAGGAGUAGCCCAAGAGCCAAGGACCACUCGGAAAGAGCUCCAGAAACACUUGGAGGCAGCAGGUACCAUCGUCACAGAGAAAACCAUAGGCAAUGCACUCCACUGCUCACGCUCACCCUGCAAGACUACAUUACUAAAGAAAAGGCAUGUCGAAGCUCGUUUAAAGUUUGCUACAACUCAUUUGGACAAGCCUAUGAAAUACUGGGAGAGUGUAGUCUGUUAAUAAAAAAAAGUUGCUUCCAACUUUGUUGCAACAGUUUAGGGAACACUCUUUCCUGUGCCAGAAUGGCAAUGUCCCUAGGCACAAAGUGUGGCCUAUAAAGACACGGUUUGGCAAGGUUGUUUUGAUAUCUUGGUUGGAACCAGUCCCCAAAUGUUCCCACAGUGAUAGAAAUAUCUGACAUGUUCUUUUACUUUAUGGGGACAUUUUGCUGCUCUUCACAAGGAAAUCUGCUUUUUUAAAGACAAAAAACUACAGCUUUUAUUUCAAAAAACAAACAGAGCCAAAAUGUUUUCUUUUGGUUACUGAGGUUAAGGUUAGCAUUAGAUUUAGAUGUUGGCAUAGCAUUAACAACAUUGAUAAUUAUGUUAAUGUGUAUGCAUGUGUGCCUCAACUGUUGGAAAUUAGUUGAUCUACCCACCCUGCAAAAUCCAUUUGUUAUAUUGAUUUUAUUAAGCUUUGAGUGUGAAAGGGGUUCGGAUGCUUAAAUGCGUGAAUCAGAAAUAUAAAACACACUCAACAUAUUAUGGCCUCCUUUUUUUUUAACUACUUUUUGUCACUAUGGCUUUUGAUAUCUCCACAUUGUAUUAAGAUUUGCAGAGG